AUGCCUUGCAAAGAUUGUUGUAAAGACUGCAAAUGUACCAGCGCCAAAUGCUGUCAAUCUUGUAAUUGUUCUGAUAAUUGCAAGUGUUCUUGCAAAACUGGUGAAGAAGAAAAGUGCUGCAAGUGAAAGAAAUCGUUUGAGGAGACCAAGUCUCUUAAUAUUUUGUUAAACUUAAAAAUUAAGAGUAUUUCAAGAAAAUAAAGAUCAAAAUGUGACUUACAAAAA